UGCAACUGAUCAAUGCUGCAAUUGCUUGAAGCGAAAUCUCAGUAGAAUGUCAGCUCAGAUUAAAAUCAUUAAUUCAGCUAGUGAGAUCGAAGCUGUUUGUGAGCAGUUGAAUAAGGAUAAUAUUAAAACUGGGUUUAUACUCUGCGAUAAGUGUGGAAGUCUUGUUUUUUUAGGCACCCAAAAAAUCAACUGUGUAAGUAGAAUAUGAAACCAGUGAUGAAAGUCAGUCAACAAACACUCAGUCAAGUUUGAAAAUGGCAAGUUCUAAGACAUUUUUGAGGGUUGCUGGUACAGUUGCAGCGAUUGUGACUUGCCCCUUAGAAGUAGUAAAGACACGAUUGCAGUCAUCUUCUGCAGGUUUUUACCCACCUGCUGUAACCAAAGAAGUAGUUUCUGGUCACACAGCGAAAAGAAGUAUUCCAAAUCCACAACAACGUAGGCGAUUGUGUACUGGAGAGGUGAGAAGAUAUUCUUUGGUUUUUUCUGAAAACUUGACACAAUGUGCAGUUGCACCACCUCCAGGAAGUCGACCGUAUAAUGUACCUGCAACUCCUGGAAUUCUGCAGUGUAUAAGGCAAAUUGUGGAGAAUGAAGGACCAAAAGCUUUAUUCAAGGGCCUAGUACCUAAUAUUAUCGGUGUAGCUCCAUCAAGGGCCAUAUAUUUUUGCACUUACUCACAGUCUAAACAUUUUUUCAACACAUGCUUACCUCCAGACAGUCCUGUUGUACAUAUGUGCUCUGCAUCUUGUGCAGAGUCUCUGGCUGAGUCGGAAAAAGCCCUCAAGAGGCAUUCAAUACCAAAUUUAACAUACUUACUGAACACGGAAAUAACGCUUACCAUCAGUUCAGGAAUGAAGUAA